AUGGAUGCCCUGGGGGAUGGGAACUAUACUGAAGUGACAGAGUUCAUUUUAUUGGGCUUUACUGAUGAUCCAAUCCUUCAAGUCAUUCUCUUCAUAAUCAUCCUGUGUAUCUACCUGGUGACCGUAUUCGGCAAUAUCAGCACAAUCAUUCUUAUCAGAAUCUCUUCUCAGCUCCAUCAUCCUAUGUAUUUCUUCCUGAGCCAUUUGGCUUUUGCUGACAUGGGCUUAUCAUCUUCCGUCACACCCAAUAUGCUUGUAAACUUCCUGGUGGAAAGAAAUACCAUCUCCUAUUUUGGAUGUGGCAUCCAAUUUGGUUUUGUUGCUUUCUUUGGGGCAGCUGAGUGCUUCCUUCUGGCCGUUAUGGCAUAUGAUCGCUUUGUGGCAAUCUGCAGCCCACUGCUUUAUUCCACCAAAAUGUCCACACAAGUCUGUGUCCAAUUGCUUCUAGUAACUUACAUAGGUGGUUUUGUCAAUGCUUGCUCUUUUGCUUUUUGUGUCUUUUCUUUAGUCUUCUGUGGACCAAAUCGAGUCAAUCAUUUUUUCUGUGAUUUUGCUCCUUUAGUUAAACUCUCCUGUUCUGAUGUCAGUAUCCCUGCAGUUGUUCCCUCAUUUAUUGCUGGCUCCAUCAGUGGGUCUACAGUGUUUGUCAUAGUCAUCUCCUACAUCUGUAUCCUCUUCAACAUCCUGAAGAUGCGCUCCACUGAGGGGCGCCACAAGGCCUUCUCCACCUGCGCCUCACACCUCACAUCUGCAACCUCAGCUUUUACUGGAAUUUCCAUUCUGCUGGUCUCUGAGCCUCCAACCACAUUUAGCAUGCCACCUACCCAUCAAGUUGUGGAGGCUCUGUCUAACAUAGGUACAUCUGCCCUGUGGAUUUUGGAACUGGCGGCACCCACUAUUGUCUGA